AUGAAAGCAUUCCCCGUUCUAGUCAGGUUACGGUUGAAGUUAGAAUAUGGUGGUUUCGGUGCGUGGGGCGGUUUGUUGCGAGUGGGGGGUGUGUGCGGGGUGCGCGGGGGGCACGUCGUCCGCGUCGAUGUAGGCGAUGUCCUGCGGCGCCGCCCGCAGCCGCGAGCGAAGCCCGGCCGCGGAGUGCGCGGACAGACGCUCUUCCAGGUCCUCCAGUGUGGAUUUGAACGCUCGCACCACGCGCAGCUGCAACCAACAACACGCGUGACGUCACCCUCGCGACGCGCCUACCCCUACAGACCCCCUACGGAUCCCGUACCGUCCCGGACGGAUCACCGAUCGCGACAAGCUUACACGAGUGUGGUGUGGAUUCCGUUAGCGCGCUCCCGCCGACGAGUCUUGCUAUAUCUACACAUGCCAGACGAUGGAUCACCUGUGCCCGGUGGCCAUGCAAAAGAAACUAGGUGUGACCGACAGAUCCUGGCCUCGAUGGUUCGUGAAGAUCGAAGCUGGGUUAGGGUCGAAGUA